AACCUCUCUCUCCAUUCAUGUCAUCAACCAGCUCAUUCUCCUUUUCCUACUCCUUCCCUCUUCCACUCCCAAAUUUUGUUUGCCUUUCAUUUCCCUGUAGUGAAACAAACCAGUUUCUCUGAAGUUACUAUGGCAUCUGUUGAGGUCGAGUCAGUGAACACAGCGCUUCCAGAGGAGAAAACUGAAGAAACAAUCAAGCCUGAAGAGGAGGUGGUCGAGCUGCCCACACGAGAGACGCUUCCUGAGGAGCCAAAGGAGGAGAAAGUUACUGGAGCAGUGGUGACCACCGAGGCCGAAACACCGUCGGAAGAAGCUGAGACUAGAGAGCUCACAGGAGAGGCCAAAGUUGUCACACAAGAGCUGAACGUGGUGGAGACUGAAGAGGAAACACCGAAGCAAGUCACGGUUGCAGAGGAGGCUCCAAAAGUAGGAACUGAGACCGAGCCGAAGUCUAUUGUGGAGGAGACUGCGAAGGUAGUGCUGGAGUCCACAGUUGAGAAGACCCCAGAGGAGGCUGAGGAGCCGGCGGUGGAGGAGAAGAAAGAAGAGGUAUCAGCAGCAGCUGUUGAUGUUUCGGUGCCAGAAGCUGAAGCAGAAAAUCCACGAGAGGUGGUCAAGGAAGUAGAGAAACCGGCAGUCGAAGCGAAAGAUGGCGGAGCAGUUGCGGCUGAAAAAACCGAGUAGCAAUCAAGUGUGACGAGAGGAGAGUGAUCCGAUUGAGUGAUGGAGGUUUGUGUGAGGAUUAAAUCCCUAGCUUGAUGCUUUGGUCUGCAUGUUGGUGUACUUAUUAAAUUUGGUUGGUAUGAUAAUAAGAGUCGCUGUGUCAUGGAUUGUAUAUUCACUCUUGUAGAGACUUUGCUUCAUAUCAUAUGCAUACCUAGCAGAUUGAACAGGCAACUGGUGCAUCUGUGGCAUGAGAUGAGGGAUGUUUUGCCUAAGUGAUGGGAUUUUUGAGUUUCCCCUGA